UGUCUCCACCACCUCACACACACACACACCCUUUGCCUUUGGGGCCAAACUAAGUACAUUACAUUUCUUUCCACACAUCUUUUCUCUACAUUUUCUGAGACACAGUCAAGAAAAGAAAAAAAUGAAGCUUGCCUUUGCAACUUUCCUGCUUGUUUGUCUUGUCCUCAGCUCAUCUUUCUUUGAGGCCACAAUGGCUGGUUCAAGCUUCUGUGACUCAAAGUGCCAGGUGAGGUGCUCAAAGGCAGGAAUACAGGACCGGUGCUUGAAGUACUGCGGUGUUUGCUGUGAGAAGUGUCAGUGUGUGCCAUCUGGGACUUAUGGGAACAAGGACGAGUGCCCUUGCUACAGGGACCUCAAGAACUCCAAGGGCAAGAGCAAGUGCCCUUGAUCAUUUCUUGGUUGGGAUUCUGAGUCAAGGACCCUUAUAAAUAUUAAUGAAAGUUAAUAUUCAUAAGCGUUUUAUUUAUUCAAAAAAAAAAGAAAAAAAGAAAAAAGAAGGAUAUAUUAUAGAGUUCAUUAAUAGAUUAGGCUAUAGAAGAUGGAAUAUCAAAGGAAUAAAUUGGGGUCCUUCAUUUGUUUGGUUGUUAAUGUGAUAGUGUCUGUCAUUAAAAUUUGUUUAUGUGUGUAUUGGCUUCUGUCUAUUGUAGUUUCCCAUUUGCAAUAUAUGUAAUAAUAAAUUACUUAA